GAGGGCGGUGUUCAUGUGUCGAAGCUUCGUCAUUCAGUACGAAGUAAAUAGACUAAAGCGCUGAGCAAGCGAAGCCUCAUUUGAUGUUGCCUGAACAACCUGGUACCGUUUAACCAGGAAGAAACAAGAUGCCGGUUAGAGGAGGAAUGAAGUGUAUCAAGUAUUUGCUGUUCGUGUUUAAUUUUAUUUUUUGGCUUGCAGGAACAGCUGUGUUAGCCAUUGGAUUAUGGCUUCGUUUUGACUCAAGGACAAAGGGAAUCUUUGAAGCAGACACUAAUUCUUCAUUUUAUACUGGUGUAUACAUACUGAUUGGAGCUGGAGCAAUAAUGAUGGUGGUGGGAUUUCUUGGUUGCUGUGGAGCCAUCCAGGAGUCUUCAUGCAUGCUGGGCUUAUUUUUCUUCUUUCUGCUACUGAUAUUUGCACUUGAGAUUGCAGCUGGAAUAUGGGGUCUUGCAAAUAAAGAAAAGGUUGUCACUGAUAUAGAAAAUUUCUACAAAGAGACAUAUAAAAAUUAUCUUGCAACCAAGCAGGAAGCCUUGAAAGGAACAUUACAGGCAUUUCACUUUGGACUGGACUGCUGUGGACUUGGUGGAGGUUUGGAGCCAUUAGUCAGAGAUACCUGUUCCAAAGAUCUUAGCCUUACUCAACAGUCUUGCCUGACAGCCAUUAGAGAUGUAUUCAACACAAAAUUCCACAUAAUUGGUGCAGUUGGUAUUGGAAUUGCAGUCAUCAUGAUCUUUGGCAUGAUCUUCAGCAUGGUUCUGUGUUGUGCCAUCCGCCGAAACAGAGAGAUGGUGUGAGAAAUAGUAAAUUUAAAGAAAAUCUUUUAAAUUUAAAUAAAACAAAUGAAGCUCUUUGUAUGCCUUACUGUUGGGAACAUCCCUGUAUGUUUUAUUCUGUUCCUAAACUGAUAUGAAUAUGCUGUAUUGUUAAGCUUUUAACUAACUUUGUAACAAAAAUUUAUACAGUCUUUAACUUGAUUAUGAAACAUUUCCUACAUAUUUUUUAUAAAGUUUUUUUGUGCUGUAAAAUCUGUUAUAUAUUUGUGUUGCUUUUUUAAGCUGAAAUAGACUAAAGUUUUUAGCAUUAAAAGUUAUUGAACUUCUCACAGGGUAUACUAUAUUCAGAAUAAAACAAUGUGGUUAGAAAUGACAAAUAAAUAAACUUGUAACUAAAAUGAA